AUGGACUUUGGGCAAUUCAGGGAGUUGGGUGAGUGGUUGUCGAUGCUAUGGAAAAAUAAUGACAAAUCCAUAUUCAGCUUUGGGGCCGUCUUAAUGUGGAAUGGUUGGAAGGCCAAAUGUAAGUCCCUUAUGUGUGGGGAUCCUUUUAUUCCUGAAAGUAUUAUCAAUAGAGCUUCGGCCCAGUUCGUUGAAAUUGCCAACCCAGAGGAAACUGAACAUACAGUGACUACGGGUCCGGUCUCAAAUCUACCCACCUCCUGGAUGCCUCCUUCAACAACCCAGAUUAAAAUUAAUUUUGACGGAGCAUCCAAUGACUUACAAUCAGGCAUUGGUGUUGUCUUUCGAAAUCAUAAAGGAGAGUUUUACUUGGGCCGGGUUGUUAACGUACCUCGUAAUCACCCAGAAGUUCUGGAAGCUAUGGCAGUUAGGGAGGGUUUAUUGCUGGCUGUUAACGAAGGAAUUAGGCUGAUCUGGAUUGAAGGAGAUGCUCAACAAAUUGUUAAGUUCCUGUUGGACCAAUCUCUAGAGGUCCCUUGGAGGUUGCAUCAUGUUUUGGCUGAUUGCAGGAAGUUGCGGCUUGAGUUUGAUCAGUUCCAUAUCUCCUUUAUUCAUCCUACGGGUAAUUCUGUUGCUCAUUGUAUGGCAAAACAUGCUUGUACUAUUUCUAGACCAAAUACCUGGUAUGUUUUUCCACCGUUUCUUUUACCUGUACUAUUGAAAGAUUUAACUCAAUGA